AUGGGUGCCGACGACGAGCCCAAGACCUACCGUUACAACGAAAAGCCUGUCUACACCACAUCCAAUGGCUGUCCGGUCUUCGACCCGGAAGCCUCCCAGCGAGUUGGUCCUAAUGGACCUCUCCUGCUGCAGGACUUCCACUUGAUCGACUUGCUUGCCCACUUCGACAGAGAACGGAUCCCUGAGCGUGUCGUCCACGCUAAGGGCGCUGGAGCAUACGGUGAAUUCGAGGUGACCGACGAUAUCAGCGACAUUACUGUCAUUGAUAUGCUCAAGGGUGUGGGCAAGAAGACGAAGCUCGUCACGCGUUUCUCCACCGUCGGUGGUGAGAAGGGUUCUGCUGACAGCGCUCGUGACCCCCGUGGAUUCGCCAUCAAAUUCUACACGGAGGAGGGCAACUGGGACUGGGUGUUCAACAACACCCCUGUCUUCUUCCUUCGCGACCCAGCCAAGUUCCCUCUUUUCAUCCACACGCAGAAGAGAAACCCUCAGACCAACCUCAAAGAUGCGACUAUGUUCUGGGACUACCUGUCCACCCACCAGGAGUCUGCUCACCAGGUGAUGCACCUCUUCAGCGACCGUGGCACUCCUUAUUCCUACCGCCACAUGAACGGUUACUCAGGCCACACGUACAAGUGGAUCAAGCCCGAUGGCAGUUUUAACUACGUCCAGAUCCACGUGAAGACCGACCAAGGCAACAAGACCUUCACGAACGAAGAGGCGAUCGAGCUGGCAGGGACCAACCCUGACUGGCACACGCAGGACCUGUUCAACGCCAUCGAGAGAGGCGAGUACCCAUCGUGGACCUGCUACGUCCAGGUUCUCAGCCCUGAGCAAGCGGAGAAGUUCCGCUGGAACAUCUUCGACCUGACCAAGGUCUGGCCUCAGGGAGAGGUGCCGCUGCGCCGCUUUGGCAAGAUCACUCUGAACAAGAACCCUCAGAACUACUUCGCUGAGAUCGAGCAGGUGGCGUUCUCGCCCUCUCACAUGGUCCCUGGUGUCGAGCCUUCGGCCGACCCGGUCCUGCAGUCUCGUCUCUUCUCGUACCCAGACACCCACCGCCACCGCCUGGGUGUCAACUACCAGCAGAUCCCCGUCAACUGCCCGCUGAAGGCGUUCAACCCCUUCCAGCGUGACGGCGCGAUGAAUGUGAACGGCAACUAUGGCGCGAACCCGAACUACCCGUCCAGCUUCCGACCCCUCACGUACCGCCCGGUCAAGGCAAGCCAGGAGCAUGAGAAAUGGGUCGGCUCGGUUGUUACCGCGCAGCUCCCUGUCACCGACGAGGACUUUGUGCAGCCCAACGCCCUCUGGCACGUGCUUGGUCGCCAGCCUGGCCAGCAGGAGAACUUCGUCAAGAACGUGUCUACUCACCUGUGCAAUGCCCAUGAGAAGGUCCGCAAGAAGACGUACGAGAUGUUCUACCGCAUCAACAAGGACCUGGGUGCUCGGAUCGAGAAGGCUACUGAGGCCCUGGCGAAGGAUACCCCUGCGGCGCGUUUAUACCUCGUUCUUUUAGCAAUUGAAAUGUCUGUUCGACUGAGUCUUAUGAUACCAAUUCCUUUAUUUGUACGCCAUACGGUCUUACCCCGCAAAACCGGUGAGCUAAAUUUAGGCAGAAUUUCUAUUUGCAAUUUGGUGCUACAGCAAGAACCUACUUCGAGUAUAGAUCAACAAACUACUCGUGAUGAUACAUGCUCUUGA